CUCCCUUUGAGUCCUCAUCCUCGUCUUAUCCAACUAUCCCUGUUCAAUUUCAAACAGAAAUGGCCGCUACCAGCACCACUUCAACUGCUUUAAUCAACACCUUGCAACCCUCUUCCCUUCAAAGGCUCUCAAGACCCAAAUGGACAGUCACCAACCUUUCUCUCCCACCACCUCCGUCUCUCGUUUUGUUCGCAAAUGGGUGCCGUUUAAAGACCUCCCUCACUCGUGUCUCCUCCUCCCAAAGUUUCCCCACCGUCCCCGUCACCGUCAAGGACUACGAGUUUCUUGAUGGUUCUACUGAGGUGGAAUUGAGAUUACAGCUGGGGGGACGAAACAUCACAAACUCCAGAGACAUUUUUGUGGAUGCAAAUGGCUCCUCUUUAAUAAUAAAAGUACAGCACUCUGGGUCUUUUGUCACACUUAUGGAAACUAAUCAACUGUUUGAUAAAAUAAAGCCUGCUGAAACAAUAUGGUAUAUAGAUGAAGAUCAGCUAGUAAUAAACUUGAAGAAGCAGGAUCCAGAUUUGAAAUGGCCUGACAUUAUUGAGUCCUGGGAGUCUUUGACCGUUGUAUCUAUGCAACUUCUGAAAGGAACGUCAAUUUACAUUGUUGGCGAUUCAACUGAAAUCAACCAGAAAGUGGCUCAAGAACUUGCGGUUGGUCUUGGAUAUACACCACUCACUACGAAGGAGUUGCUGGAAGCAUUUGCCAAGCAGAGUGUUGAUUCAUGGCUGCUUGCUGAAGGUUCUGAAUCUGUAGUAGAAGCAGAAAGUGCUAUAUUAGAAAGUUUAAGUAGUCAUGCAAGGGCAGUAAUUGGUACAUUAGGAGGCCAGCAUGGAGCUGCUGGAAGAGCUCAUAAAUGGCGCCAUCUUUAUGCAGGAUUUACUAUCUGGCUGUCACAAACUGAUGCUACAGAUGAAGAUUCUGCAAAGGAAGAGGCCAGGAGUCAUAUCCAAGAUGGUAGAGUAGCUUACUCAAAUGCAGACGUUGUUGUCAAGCUACAGGGUUGGGAUGUAGAUCAUGUAAAAACUGUGGCUCAGGCAUGCUUGAGUGCACUUAAACAAUUAGUUCUGUCAGACAAGAAGCUUCCAGGUAAGAAGAGCCUCUACAUACGCUUGGGAUGCCGAGGUGACUGGCCAAACAUCAAACCUCCUGGGUGGGAUCCCUCAGCUGGAGAUGAUGCAUCUCCGGGUGGAUUUCAAUAAAAUACACUGCAGUUACAUCAGAGAUUUUGAUCCAAAUAUGUCAAUGAUAAUAUUUUGAUGAGUUCGGUGGUUUUGUAGCUCAAAUGUAAGCAUAUAUUGUGAAUUACAAAUGCAACAUUAUGUAAGCAUUUAUUUUGCUAGCAUAUUCUGAAGAAAAUCAUCUUA